CCCGCCUGCCCGCCCCAGCAUGCACCGCGAGCGCGAGCACGCGCGCCGCCUGCGCCAAGCGGUCCGGGCGCCCAGGCUAGGACGGAGUGAAAUGGCAGCUUCUUCUUCAUCCUCUUCAGCUGGCGGAGUCAGCGGCAGCUCUGUUACGGGAUCCGGGUUUAGCGUCUCGGACCUGGCGCCACCCCGAAAAGCCCUCUUCACGUAUCCCAAAGGAGCCGGAGAGAUGCUGGAAGAUGGCUCAGAAAGAUUCCUCUGUGAAUCUGUCUUCAGCUAUCAGGUUGCAUCUACGUUAAAGCAAGUGAAACACGAUCAACAAGUUGCACGGAUGGAAAAACUAGCCGGUCUGGUGGAGGAGCUGGAGGCAGACGAGUGGAGGUACAAGCCAAUAGAGCAGCUCCUGGGAUUCACCCCCUCCUCGGGCUGAACGCGACUGGAUCACUGCUGUCAGAGAGAAGAAGAAAAGCACUCUCUGGCCUGAUUUCAAAACACGCGGCCACGUAUCUGGAUGCUCGCAGCUGCAUCAAGGGGAUUGGGCUUUUAAGUUUACAGUGGGGAUCCCCGUUACAGCUGUCAGUAAAUUGAAAUUACAGAAAUCCGAGUCUUUUGCAGCAUAACAACCUGGCAGGACUCGGUUUCUGUAACUUGCAAGGUAGGAUCAGUUUUAAAGAGACUGGAGAAUAACCCAGUUGUUUGCAGGGAAGGGAAGACUUAAAGUUUGGGCAAGACUGGGCUGGGGGAAGGCAAGCCGGUAACCUAGCCUGACCUUUUUGCAGACCUCCCAAGGGAGCGGGCAGGUUUGAAGGGCCCAGUGAUCUGUCGGCAGAUCCGUGGGACACGCGCGUCUUUGCCGCUCAAGC